AAGACAUCCUCGCAAAUUGGAAUGCGCAAGAGUUCCCCCUUGGUAGUAAUUUAAUAUUGUAGCUAUUGUGAAUUCUUAUUAUACCAAUUGUAGUAGUACCUCAUACACCGUCUUUUUCGGCGUUUUGAUACCGACCGUCCGUGUUCGGGUCUCAAUAUCCGGGGCGAAAAGACGAUGACACCAAGAAAAGGCUACUUCGAAUUGGAGUGAGUGGAUCGUGAAAGCUUCAACUCCACAAAACAAGCGUCUUCCCCGCCUUCGGCAUCCCUUUCUGGAAUACCGGUGUGCCAACAAAUUACUUAAUCAACCAGUUGAGCCGCUUGACUUUUGGCUCUUUCCCUUUGCUUCCGAGCACCAGUCUAGCUGACAGCUGAGUGCGAGUGAUUGCUUGGGGUGAGAGCUCUGAGAAGAGAGAAGAUGGCAGACGAAAAAUAUAAUGAAGAUGUUGAGAAGCGAGAAACGAGCCUAGAGGAGAAUGGUGUGAUCAGCAAUGAUGCGAUUACCGACGCCGAACGGGCAUUAAGAUGGAAGCAAGACACGCGCAUCAUCCCACUAUCAGCUGGCAUCUACUUCCUCUGUUACUUGGACAGGUCCAACAUUGGGAAUGCAAAGAUCCUGAACGCUUCAACGCACGAUGAUCUCAUGACCGAGGCGAACAUCUCGAAUUCGCAAUUCACAAUUGCGCUUUUCGUCUUCCUGGUCGCGUACGGUGUUUUCGAGGUUCCCUCGAAUAUCUUGUUAAAGAAAUUGAGGCCGUCGAGAUGGAUUGCCUUUCUCAUGUUCUCCUGGGGUGUUCUGACUAUCGGGCUCGGAGGUAUCCAUAACUAUGCUUCGCUCACUGUUGUCCGCUUCCUGCUUGGCGUGUUCGAAGCUGGACUUUUCCCUGGGCUUGUAUACUAUCUCACGUUCUGGUAUAAGACCAAUGAGCGCAGCAUAAGAGUCGCUUUCAUCUUGGCAUCUGCCACGUUGGCCGGUGCUUUUGGUGGUGCUAUAGCCUUCGGAAUAGGCCAUAUCAACAAGGCGGGAGGGCUUUCGGCUUGGCGGUGGCUUUUCAUCAUCGAGGGCAUCCCUUCAGUGCUCUCAGCGUUUCUCGUCUUUUUCUUCCUCCCAGACUUCCCUGAAGACGCGAAGUGGCUGUCGAUCCAAGAGCGAGAUCUGGCAGUGCACCGCUUGCGUCUGGAAGGGAGCAAAGGUACACAUAAAGCCAUGACUUGGACCGAUGCAAAGCAGACACUUACAGAUUGGCGGCUAUGGGGACACUACGUCAUCUACUUUGGCAUCUCUGUCCCAUUCAGCUCUCUGUCUCUAUUCACGCCUUCUAUAACGGCUGGUUUGGGAUAUGGCGAUUUGCGGGCGCAGCUCAUGACAGUUCCGCCUUACGCUGUAGCUUACGUGGUCCAAAUUCUGACGUCCUGGUCGGCUGACCACUUCAACGAGCGUGGUUUACACUCUGCAGCAAUGGCCACUAUUGGCGCCAUCGGCUUUCUUAUAUCGGCGGCCCUGCCUCCAGACGCGUACCUUUCUCGCUAUGGUGGCCUCAUCAUUGCAGCAUCGGGGGCAUUCGCUUGCAUCCCUCCGCUGCUAGGUUGGCUGUCAUCCAAUAUUUUCAGUACGGCUUCGGUUGGCAUGGCCAUCGCGCUAAACAUCGGAUUAGGUGGUGCGCCUGGCCAAAUCGUAGGGGUGUUCAUAUAUAAAUCGGAUGAAGCGAAGAAGGGUUACCCAACUGGCCACUGGACAAAUGCGGCUCUUUUGUUCCUAGUAGCAGUGGGUGGUAUUCUGUUGAGGAUUUAUUAUGCUUGGCGGAAUAAGAAGAUAUUAAGGGAACGAGUCGAUGGCGAAGAGGUUAGGCUGUUUAAAUAUUAGAGCAGGGGUCAUACUAAUUCACGAGACAAAUACGUCACGUCAUUAACAAGCUUCAACACCCAUCAUCACCCCAUAACAUAAUUACCAGCUCCAUCUUGUAGAGAACGCUGGAGAGAACCAAAAGUCAAUGGGCAAGAAAAGAGACCAGGUGAAUUGAAUCAGAACC